GUAAGGAGGUGCCCAGAGUGGCCAAGUGCCGGGGAGUUUGCUGUGUGAUCGUCUUCUCAUCAUGCGUCCCUCUCAUCACGUCGGUGACGCCACCUGGAUUGUCUUGAUUGGAAGUAAAGUGCUCGAACUUGGCUCAUUGUAACUAUGGUGGUGUUGUUUCUUUUCACAAGAUCUGUUGAGCACAUUCAGCAGCCUUCCUUUAAUUAAAGAAAGGUGGGGGGGAAGCACGGGCACCUUUCAUAAGUGUUGUUAGCCUAGCAGCUCGUGCGAGUGCCAUCAAGUAGUUUCAUACAUAGCAGGGAACGCCAUGAUGGGUAGACAAGACUUGUGUUUGUAAAUUGUGUUUGUCACACAUGAACAUGUUACACCGUGUAUUUCAGUGUCACAUUAAGCUGCAUAUUUUCUGUUGGAAUAUUUGAUGAAAUCAUGACAGUGAAGGUGUUGCAGAUCUGAAACUGUUUAUCAAUAAAUGGACAGAGUGAUAUGUUUCUGCCACCAGUGGCCUAAUUUAAAUUUCAAAAGAUUAAUUAAAACCACGUGAUUAUGAAGCAUGCCAUGGCAGGUUAAUUCUGACCACCUGGGGUUUUUUAACGUGCACCAAAUAACCAGUGCCCUGCCCACAUGUAAAGCCCAAAAGUACACAUUAUGCAAUCUCACAACCUUAUCUCUACAAGUUGUAACAUAUGAAAUGGUUAUUACGUAGAAAGCAUUGCAGAUUCAAAACUGUAAUGCAAAGUGCACAGAAAGUUCUAUAGCCUCCCUGGUUGUUGCUUCUGCGUCAUUGCCUGCUAUUCAUUAAAUGGAGUACAAGUGUUUGAGCAGUGCAGCAUAUAAAGAGCGAGAGCUUUUAUUUAUUGUGCAGUAAUGGAUCCACGUGAUAACCACUGAUUUAUGCAACCACAUUGCCGUCCCAGCUUAAGUUUUUCUGUACUGCAUGUAGAAAAAUCCUGUCUUACAAUCUCUUUCUGGAAGAGCGCACAUUGUCUGCUUAGGUGCACUGCUCUGCAACUUUGCCAGUGAUGCAGUGGUAUACGCUACUCGUAUUGCAAUGCAGCCAGGCAGACAAUUUCUGCAACGCUUGUUUAGAUAACGCACUCAUCCACACUUCCGGUGCUUCGAGGUUUUACCUCAAUUCAGCCUUGCACUGCCAUAUAAUUUGCUCAGGCUGUAGAGCAAUUGCCCUGGCACCAGGCUUGAUUCCUGGAAUGAGAUUUUUUCCCCUACAUGUAGAGUUGGCUGCCUAAGGAAACUGACAUGAGGAACCACUUGUAGCAUUUUGUUAGUCAGAUGGCAAUUUCUCUUCCACGAUACCUCGUUUUGCGAAAGAUUGUCGCAAGAGGUAUCACGACGACAGUGUUGGUGAACAUAGUCAAACACAUGCAUGUUUCAUCAAAAGUCCUUUAUUCACACACAAGUGCAGCUUUGCUCACAUAUAAUACCUGGGUUUGAGAUUCUCGCAAAAGGAUCACGACAGUGUUAGUGAACAUAGUCAUACCAAAAGUCAAUUUACAUACAAACGCUGCUGUUGCUCACUGGUUAUAAUGCACUAUUUUUGUACAGGAUGUAUUUUGGCUGGCAAUGAAUAAUGGAAGCACUCUGCUUUCCUUGUUAAAGACUGUUUAUGGCAAGGCUGACACUGUUGCAGAAAAUGGUGACAAAAUGGAAGAUGAGAAGGAGUCGAUCAGAGGCUCUCAUCGACUCAUCUUCCAAGCUAGAACAGCAUCUGGCAUCAAGCAUUGCCGAUGUCGGUCACUGCAGCUUACACAAAGUCCACAAUGCUAUUCCAAAGGGCUUAGAUGCUUUUGGAUCUGAUGUAGAAGUAAGAAAUGUUUACCAUUACUUCAAAUCUGCCGUCUGUUCAGAGCUAUUCAGAGAAAGCCAGGAAGUCCUAGGUACUCCAUCGCAUGUGUUUUUGCGACGUGUCGAACAGGUGGCUCACUUUACAAGAAUCACUGUGCCGUAUUCAGGAGCAGUUUGAUGCCAUUAAGGACUAGUACUUUGAAAAAGCAAACAAGACUGGCCAGCGAUCUGCCACCCAAAGUCUUCAUAAGAAACUGGCUGCGGCAUUCUCGCAGAAACCACUCUAUGCAAAGAUACUAUUCCUGAAGAACCGUGCUGAGCUAUUCACUGGCUUGCAGAAGCUGUUUCAGAAACAAGAACCACUUGCACAUUCUUCAUGUGGAAUUGUUAUUAGUUCAGCGAGCUCUUGGCCGCUUCUUACGCAGUGACGCCUACCAGGGCAAGACAGUUGAUGAUCUGAAGAGCCUUAAACCUGCAAGACUCCACACUGUGGAAGACAAAACACGAGUUGGGUAUGGAUACAGAUGACACAAUGCGGACCUGGGACAUCCCUGAAAGAAAGCGCUUGCGACUUGGGGCCCGCGCUUUUUACAUAGCAUGCUCACAAGACUUACUGCAAAAGCUACCUCUUGAAAACAAACUGCUGCAACGUGCAAGCAUUCUUGGCUUGCACUUCACAGAUGCAGACUCGGAAGUCCGCUCACCGCGAUACCUUGUUUCACAACUACCACAAGUGCUACAGCUGAAUGAAGUAUCUUCAUUAAUUGACGAAUGGUACGUGCUCAAAUGCGAUCCACUGAACAGCAGCGAAGUUGCAGUGCCUGAAAGGAUUGACAGCUCAUGGGCUAAAGUAUUUCAGCGGAAAUCAGCUGCUGGUGAGCAAAAGUACCCACUGCUUGCAAAACUCGUGAAAGCCCUCCUGUCUCUCCCGCAUGGUAAUGCAGAUUGCGAGAGAGGGUUCAGUAUAAAUAAGCAUCUGCUUGAGGGCCGUGCCUCUUUGUCUGUUAAUAGCCUGAAUGGACUACAGCAGGUUGAGACAUAUUUGCAAAGGUACAACGGGGAUGCCACCAAAGUACCCCUGUCACCUAAGCUGGUCCGAUGUGUAAAGAAGGCAAGGACAUGUUGUGCAGAUAGGCUUGAAAAGGAAGAUUUGGAGGUGACGAAGCCUGCAACCACACAGACCCAGCCCAAUGCCUUUACUUUGGAACAACUGAAAAGGGGCUUAAAUGAAAAGGUUGCAUCAUGUCGUGCAUUGCUUAAACGUGCAGAAGAGACAGUCUCUACUGGCUUGGCUCACAAGAGCGUGGAGCAGGUUCAAAAUGGGCAGCAGUUGUUAGCUGAAGGGAAUGCGAGCCUGGCUACUGCACUUCUCGAGCUUGACGAGCUGAAAAAAAAAGCAAAAGGCACUAACGGAAAGAACUUCCCAUGUUUUCAUUGUGGAAUAUGUGUGGGUUAAAUGUAAAAAAAUCAUUAUUCAUGUUUUAAAGCUUAUUUUGCAGUGUAAACAAAACAUACUCAAAUGGUGCGUGUAGGCACGUCUAAAUAGCGAAAUUAUUUAUAGUUUUGAUACAGCUGUGUAUGUCUAGUCAUUCUCUUAUGGCCGACAGCACAAAAUUGUGCUUUGGCAUUUCUAGUCACUUUUGUACUAUGUUUUAUUGCAUAAAACUGUUCUCCAGUACCGUUUAAGAGAGCUAUUUAAAAAGGCAAAUAAAGUCUGUCUGCAACAUACCAUAGUUUCUUUGCUGGAGGCACACGAGCUAAAUGGCUGCGCUGCGUCGUUCUUGCUUGUGUCUAUUUACUCUAAAGAAAUACUGAACAAUUGUGCAGUAGUAAUAAGCUGCACCAAAUGUCAUGCAUUUGCUUUUCUCCUGCUCCAACUGAUCCAAAACGCAAAAUUUUGUGCUAUAGAACUGCAACAAAAUGCCAAUGUGGCUGCUCCUAAAUUGCUACAAACCAGCCUUUUUCCUGCUCCAAAAGUUGCUCCAAAUCUGAGAUUGGCUGGACCACCACUGAGAGAGGUGCAAUUCUUGUGGCGACUGAUUACGGCAAAAACAACCAUGUCUGUGCUCUAGAACGGUAGCUCUUCAUUUGUCUCGCAAUUUUCAGAGCAUACAAUUUCCAUCACAGUGGCACUCAUGGUUGUUGCAGGGCCAGUGCAAUGGAAUGCAAUGGUACUGAGUCGUUAGAGUAGGUCCUUCUGAUCAUUGACACGUCUAAGUGCUCUGCGUAAAGCGUGUAAUUUAUUAUAAGGUUUUAAAAAUGCACAUCGCUGCCGAUCGCAGCGCACUGCUCGGCGGAAUUUUAAGCCACCCCUACUCAUAUGACCGAAAUAAACCAUAUGACGUCAGUGGGGCGAGCUAUCCGAUUGGCUGACCAGGGCGCGUGAUCGAUAAUUUUUCUAACUUUAUGGUAACAAAUGAUCUUCGUAAUAGUUGGAAUGUUAGUUAAUUUGUUUUUAUAAAAAGAAAGUAGCAUAAAGAGAAUGCACAAGAACAAUUUUUCAGUACACUUAAGCACUUCCGGCACACAGCAAGUGUCGUCUGCUUGCGUUACAACGUACUCCAUUUUGACGAGAGCUCCGCGGCCAGAGUUGGUGUCAGUCUUUUCGCGAGCACUAUGAUUCGACUUUGUUGCCUUGUGGGCUGCAAACGUAGCGACUGGCAAUAUGUCAAGCUGCGACAUCGUGUCCCUCUGCAAGGCAGCGUACGAGCGAACUGGCUGCUGCGCAGUAUUUGCGCGUUUGUGGCCAUCACUUUACACCGUAGGAUUACUAACGCAAUAGCGUUUCGCGAGUCCCGUAUUAGGGCAAACGUAAGCGCAAGGGGACAGGAUCUGGCCGCUUGACUGUGCCGUAACGGGAUGAGCCGAAAUGACCAGAAGGGCAAAUGUGAAUGGUCUGCACGGUGCAGCCACCUGGUGGCAUAGAGCUCAACCAUACACAGUAGCAGCAACGAAGCGUUUCCUUCUUUGCUGCUGGUGCGUACUUUUCACAGGAGUGUAAUCAUAAACACGUUGUUUUUAUAAAUGUUUAAACUGUUUUACACUUCGUUAGAGCAAUAUUAGCGCUUUGUUUGACUGGUUAAGCGCUGUGCCAACAAGUGUCUGGACCAUGCAGACCGAUCAGGCCGCUCACGUACGUCUACGCCAAAGUUCCGUCAUUAGCUUGAGUUUAUGCCUCCAGUCAUUGGCCGAAAUGACCAGCUUGCCUGUGGUUAACGGAAUACCAGACACGUUCGGCGCUACGACAGAAUGCUCGCAACGCACGCUGCUUCGAUAGCUCUCGCUUGGGGUCGACAGCCAAGCAGCUAGCGGAGAGGUUUCGCAAGGUACCUGGUAGUGAAGCUUCCAUAGGAGCCCAUACGUUCAAAACAUGGCGGUUCAUCGGUGGUCCAUGGGGCUUAGCGCCAUCUGUAUGUGGUGGGAACACUUCCGGCGGAAGAAAAAAUAUUGUGACGCCAUGUCCGUUAAAAGCAGAAGUGACGUCAUUUUGUUUUCGAAGGCGCGAAAUUUGUUUUGUUGUUCUUCCUUUGGAGCUAUAUAUUCAAGUACCCUGCCAUUCGACUUGAUGGGUGUUUCGAGCUUUCAGCGUGGAAAGCGAUGCAGGAAAAGGCCAGCCGUACGGUUGUCGAAAUCGCAUCUCUGCACAUAACAUACUUUCUUUGGAGGCCGACGAAAGCUUUAGGUGUAGAGUGCUGAUCCUAUUGUUGGAUGCCAAGCCCGUCGGCCAGCGUGGUCGCACGAAAACAACUACACAAUUAUCUGGCGGUCGUAACUCACUACAUUUGACUGAACAGAUUAAGAAGCAAUGAAGCUACCCGCGUCACCAAAUUCAGACAAACUUUGACAAGCAAGAAAGCACAAACUGUGAGGGGGGCGUAUUUCAACAGUUGAUACGAGUGCGCCUUUCUGCCCAUUUCAAGACGUGCAUUGCAUUGCAAGUGAAAGUGGCGUCAACGCCCCCUGUAGCUAUGGGUGCUUAAAGGAAAUGCAUUUAUUAAUAAUAAUAAAAUUAAACUUGUAUUUUCUUAACUCGUCAAGAAUGUAUAAAAUUGUCUAGGAAUUUUAUUUUCGAUUAAUGAAUCUAACUGGGUCUCGUUUGAAUUAAAAAAUGCGUUUUUCUUCCCCAAUGUUUGUUCCCUCCAAACAUAGUCGCGCUUCAAUCGCUGCUCCCAUAACCCCCCAUGCUGAUGUCGGUGACAUCUGUACUGAACCGCUUUUCGCCCGAAGCUUCGCGACCUAUUUGAAUCGACCUUGGGUUUCGCGCAGGCGGGGGCGGGCUCCAAAACACCCGGAAGUGGACGAUGUGACGUCGCAUCGUGACGCAGGACCAGUGAAGGCGGAGCUUAGCCCCGCUCGCUCGGCGAACGAGUUGAGGAGGAAAAGCAUGGCUGGGGAGGAGGGUAACUUAUAAUCGCUUGUAGCUCCAUUAAUAUGUAACGCUUCACUUAAAUUGUGGUGCGAAUGUUCUACUUAAGCUGUACCCUACGCGUCUACAAAAUUUGUCCGAACCGUUUCAGGGGCCCUUUAAGAAUGCUGCGAUGCACUUUUAUGUGGAAUACUUUGGCAAACAUGUUAACAGAAGGGGAAAAAAGUCAGUAAACAUAGGCGCAAUACAUGCUGCGACAUGAGCACUGCAGAACCUUGUACAGAUAAUCAGCACUAACUGCAAACAUUGAACAAGUUAGAGCAAACAACUCGUACUAAACCUUCCAUGCUACAUCACAUUUAGUGACCAGUUGCAUAUUACAUAGCUUUGCAAUGUCAAGCAUUCCAUUAGCACAUAACUCGCCAUGCUUUUCACUAUAUUUGUACGUACGACAAGUUUCCAAUAUUACAAUGAGUCCACUCGACACCCUUCACUCUACCAAGUUGAGCACAGUUACCCACUCGUCUGAAGAAAAUGCUACGCUUCUCAAGAAUUGUCAUAGAAGCGCAGUGACCACUCCUGUCGAGGUUUGGCACUGCGAUCCACUUUUUCAAGUCGAGGAACAUUGUAGAAUAUGAGGUUAACCCUUUAACAGGGCGCAACAUGAGCUGCUGCUAUCUCAAAUUCGAAAAGUUCGUUCUUAAGGCCCUUGAAAGUCCUGUUUUUUUUUUACUGGUGCUUGAAAAUUCGUUUUGAAAACCAAAUCUAGAAUGGCUAAGGAAAAGUCAUCCGCAAGUAUAGAAGCAUGCACAAGAAAGCCAUCCACAGCACUUUGCAUCACUGUUCCAUUAAGAUUCACCAAUUAAUUCAUACUUCCAGCACUACAUUGCAAAGCUGAAUUGGUACUUGAAACGUGCUGAGCAUCAGGAGAAGAAUCAUUGAUUCGUGUUAAGGUUUCACAACCCUGUUAACUGGCCAUUACAGAGCUUUGAGCCUGCACACAUCAAAUACUGCACGAGCAGCUAGAGCUUAUUCUGUCCUAUCCGUAUAUUCGCACAUUAUGUACCUAUUGUGCACCCAACCACCUCCAAUCUCUUUGGCCUGCCGCAAUGACUUGGCGAGUAUGGCUUUUGCUAGCCACAAUGGCCACGUUGCAGGCGGAACGCAAAGGCACUCGUGUGCACCCUGCUUUGAUUACACCUAAAGAGAAGCACCAAAUCAGUUUAGACAAAUAAUGCAUUCUUUUAAAACCGCAUUUUCAGCAAUUUUGCUGUAGCAGGUUGGCUAUUAGAAAAGAAAAUUUAGGCCAAAGUUCUACUGUCUGACUUUCAUGCCAAAAUCUCAGUGCCGCCAUGCCAGCGUGCUGUCACGGUUUUCAAAGCAUUUUUUCAUAUUUGGGCCGCGUUGGCCUAGUAAAAGUUUCUGAAACUUGCCACAUUCAAUCCCCCACUCCUCGCAGUGUACUUUUACCAACAAUUAGCUACAUCCUAGCAGAUACUGUCAAAAUGCAUGAUGUCAUGGUGAGUUGCUGCAAGGCAUCACCAGUCUUUCCUUUCUUGCAGCUUUUCUGGCUUGCCAAGCGUCUUCUCAUGGUGAGAGUGACUUCACUGGUACUGUAAAAGGGGUUACCUCCAAAUACAGCUGAAAUCAUCUAUUUAGUGUGGUCCAGGUGGUGAUAGCGAGGAACAUGCCAAGUUCCACAAGUGUACUUUCCCCCACACGAUGUUAGACAUAGCCCUAGGACUGGAAAUAAUUCAGGACCGUGCAAGUUGAUGUCGCUAUCCUCACCCCCAUCUCUUCUUUACUGCUACACUCUCGUUGUUUGCAAAGCCUGCCGUCAGCUCAAUUGUGCCACGAAACAGGAGGUUGGCUACCUUUUGUAGGGUGGCCCAGUAGUGUGCAAAAAUGUAUUUCUGGUGUUUCACACAGCCCUUAUUACCCUGGAGCCCUUCACAAGAGCGUCUUUCGUAGCCUUCUGCAUUGCUCUGGGACAUCAAACCACUUUUCAUCAAUAUUUUUCAAACAAUAUAUGGACUCCCCUGAAUAUGCGAAAUUCAGACCUCAUUACUACAAUUGCCCUGUCAGCAGGAUUCUUCUGAAAAGUCAUCUCUGGAUGU